ACCAGCAUCAUGUCGCCAUCAACGUCGAGGAGUUAUCUGAUUCAAGAAAAGCAACAGCGCGAUGCGAGUAGUAAGCUUCACGUGAUAAUCGUGGGAGCGGGUCUUGGUGGCCUAGGCGCCGCCAUCUCGACGCUGCUGGCUGGACACGAUGUCACGGUUCUAGAGGCCGCCUCAAAUAUUGGCGAGGUCGGUGCGGGCAUCCAAGUCCUCCCGAACGCCGCCCGCGUCCUAUUCUCCUGGGGCUUAGAGGAGAAGCUGGAAAAGUACGCCACAAAGCCUCAGAAAUGCAACUUUAUCGGCUGGAAAGGCAACUUCCUGUCCGAAAUGGAUUAUCACAAGUACGCCGCGGCAGCGGGAGAUUUCCCCUUCUGGGAUUUCCAUCGCUCCGACCUGCAUCGGUGUCUCCUCGAGCGCGCAGUGGAGCUUGGCGCGAAGCUCGAGACGAAUGCAAAGGUCGAUACUUUUACAAUCUCACCGGAUGACACGACGGCUACAGUAUACCUCGUUGGCGGACGCAGCCUGACGUGCGAUCUUCUCGUUGGCGCGGACGGCAUCAACUCCAAGCUGAGGGAGGAGUUCCUGCGCAAGCCUGAUCCACCUCAGCUGACAGGGGACCUGGCUUAUCGACUGCUUUUGAACACGGCCGACAUGCUCAAGGACCCCGAAUUGAGGCACUUUGUGGAGAACCCCCAAGUCAACUACUGGGUUGGGCCGGACAAGCACGCGGUGAACUACGUUCUCAAGGGCGGUCAGCUCUUCAACAUGGUGUUGCUGGUACCGGACGACAUGCCCGUCGACGGCGGCAACACCCUGCAGGGAAACAUUGAGGAGAUGCGGGGCCAUUUCGCAGGCUGGGAUCCCCGCAUCGGCAAGAUGCUCCAGAUGUGCGAUGAGGUUCUGAAAUGGAGACUGUGCAUUCGGCCAGGCCUGGAACCAACGUGGUCCCAUCCGUCUGGCGCCUUCACGAUGCUCGGAGACGCCGUGCACGCGACACUGCCUUACCUGGCCAGCGGGGCAGGCAUGGCGCUCGAGGACGGAGGGGUUCUGGGUCUCUGCCUCGCUCGACUGACCGACACUUCAGCCGCAUCAAAGCGACAGGCCCUAAAGGUCUACGAGGACUGCCGACGGGAGCGGACGGAGAGGGUCGUCCGCCGCGGAACAUACAACCAGUGGAUCUAUCACCUCCACGACGGGCCAGAGCAGGUUGAGCGAGACGCGAAGUUCAAGGAGUUCGAGGAGAUGGACGCGAAGUGGCUGGGCGAGGAUUCAGCCGUGUUGCCCGCAUCUCAGGAGACAGGAGAUGACCCCUUUCCGUGGAGGUAUCAUGGCGUAGGGAGGUGGUUGUUGACAUACGACAUGUGGAAGGAUAUCGAAUCGAAAUGGCCCUCCGAAUCGGCCGGCACAUCGGCAAAAGGAGGAAACCCAACCCCUCGCGCAAGUUUGUAG